CAGCAGCAGCAGGAAGCGAGGAGGGCAUGGGAGGGAGUGCUGGCAGCAGCACUGGAAACCCACUCCGUGCUGCUCUCCUCACACUCUGCCACCCACCUGCCCCGCCACCUACCGCUCUACCUCUCUGCCGCCCGCCACCACUGCCGCUCACUGCCCAUCCUCUCCGCCGUUGCUCUCUUCCUCCAAUCCUUCCCCAGGGCCCGCGUGGGUGACACGUCAGCAUCUCUGCCCGAAUUCCCGCCUGAGCUGUCAGCCAACCACAUGCCUGCAAUGCUUGAGGCGCUACAGGACAACUUCUGCCACCCAGCACGUGAAAUGCGGGUGGCAUCAUUGCGCAUUAUCUGUCACUUCGCGUCCCUGCUUGUGCGGGUGUUUCAUCAGGUGGAAGCACUGGAGUCAGCACCCUAUGACCUGCAGAUGGGCCGGCAUGCUGCCACCGCAUUGGCUGCCCUCGCUGCUCAUGCCACGUCAGCACGGCUGCCCAACCAGCUGCUGCCAGCUGUUACUCGCUGUGUGCUAGGGUUGCUGCACUCCAAGUUUGCGAUGAUGUGGCAGCCUGCCAUUGGCUGCCUUGCAGCGCUGCUCUCCGCCUAUCCCUCUUCCGCCUGGCCCGUGGUGUGGCGGGAGCUGCGCCACCUGCAAGGAAGCUUCCUCCUGGCGGCAGCUGGUGCGCCUGCGGAGUCAGGCGGUGGGGCGCAAGGGGAGAGGCAAGGGGAGGAGGGAAAGGAGGGCGAGGGGGAGGAGGAGGGGGAGCAUGAGGAUGCGGAGGAUGGCAGCAGCAGUGCUGCAGGUGAGUGUGCUCCCCUGCACUCUGUCUCCCCCUUCCCCCGUUUUCCACCAUUCCCCCUCUCUCCCCACACCCCUCCAUCACCGCCAGGCAUAACGGCGCUCUUCCUCCGCUUCGCCAUGGCAGUGCCCUCAGGAGCUCCUUCCUCAGCAGUGCUGUCAUCGCUGCUGCGCGCGCUCAGGCAGGCGCCAGCAGUGGCCGCCACACGCCUCUCUCCCACAACCCCACCACCGCUCUCCCAAGCCACUGCCCUCACGCCGCAUGGGGGCACCUCUGCUGCUGCCGGUACUGCCGGUGCACAGCAGGGGCAGCAGGGGCAGCAGAGGCGUGGCACGGCGGGGCAGCAGCUGGCGGCGCUCUUCCUGGCGUUCGUUGGUGACUCAGAUGACUGCCUGUACGCCUGCCUCUUUAUUCCUCUCUUUCAUCCCCUCCCCUCUGCGCCCCCUUUUGUCCAUUAUGCUCCUCGCAUGCCUCUCUCUCCGCGCACUCACAAUGGCACCGCCCCACUGCCCCCUCAACUCAUCUCCCCUUCCUCUACCCACACCCCUGCCGCUCCCCUCAGGCCGACAGCGCAUACAGGGCAAGUGGAGAUGUUAGAAGGGGGCGGGGAUGGGGCAGGCAGGGGGGAGGGCGAGGAGUUGGAGGAGGGAGUGGUGGUGAACAGAGCGAUGGUACGGGGCAAGCAGUGGCACGUGGUGCUCUCUGAUUGGCUGGAGCUGCUGAAGCGCGUAGACCUGGCAGCGUGUGGCUCCAAGGGAGAGGCGCUAAAGCAUGUCAUCAUCGACAGGUUCCUCGUGCAUCCGGACCCAGCGGUGCAGCAGCUGGCGCUGGACUGUCUCGUGGCGUGGCGCCACGCCUGCCUGCCAAAGUACGCCGCCCGCCUCGCCGCCCUGGCCUCGUACCGCUCGCUCAAGGAGACGCUCACCACGUGGGACAUCAGCCCUACAGAUGAGGACGGGGAGGAGGGCGAGGAGGAGGAGGAGGGGCGGGUGGUGGAGGCGGACAGGGCGAGUGUGAUCCCGGUGGUCAUCCGGCUGCUGCUGCCCAAACUCAAGAAGAGGAGCGGCCAGCUUGCAGGGAAGGCGGCAGCAGGAGUGCAGCGCGGCACAGUGCUGACGUUCCUGGCGCGCCUGCCCCCCACGGAGCUGCUGCCGCUGUUCCACCUCAUGCUGCUGCCCUUCCGCCCCGCCCUCCGCCCCGCCCACCAACCGGGCGCGGCAGCGCUCGGAGAGGCAGGCGAGGAGGCGUGGCAGCAGGCGCUGAGGCAAGGGGCCACAGAGGAGUUCCUGCUGCUGCUGGGGGAAGGGGGGGAUGGGGGAGCAGGGGCGGGAGAAGGGGCAGGGGAAGAGGGGGAGGAAGGGGCAGCAGGAGCAGGAGCAGGAGCAGGAGCGGGCGUGGGGAUGGUGGGGCGCAAGCGCGUGAGUGGGUUUCUGCACCUGGCGGUGGAUGUGGUGCGAGUGAUGAGCCGGCAGCAGCUGCAGCCGUACGUGCUCGCCCUGCUGGCUGUGGCCGUGCGCACCGUGCAGUGCUACCCCCCGCUGCCCCCCACUGCUGCUGGCGGUGAAGGGGGCAAGGCGGAGAGGCUGGAUGAGAACAUGGGCGAGGGAGUGGAAGAGAAGGAGGAGAUCAUAGAAGAGGAUGGGGAGGGAAAGGAGGAAGAGGUAGUUGAGGAGGAGGAGGAGGCAGAGGAGGUUGAAGGGGAGGAAGGGCAGAAAGAGGAACAAGGUAGUGAAGGCAAAGACGAGGGUGCUGAUGCUGCUGCUGAGGGCCGUGGCGAUGGUGAUAAGGAUGGGCACAAGGAGGGGGGGGAUGAUGCACCUGAUGAAGAUGACGAUGAUGACGUGGAGGGCAAUACCGACGCCAGUCAGUCCCUCACCCCGCACGUGCCCAACUGGACCCGUGAGCUGCGUUCACUCGCCCUGCGUCUGCUCGCCACCAUCCUCGCCAAGUUCCCCGACAUCGCCACGCGCCCCUCCCUGCCCGCCCCCCUGCGCCCCUGGCCGCUGCUGCUCGCCGCGCUCUCCCCCGCCCUCACCCACCUCGCCACUGUCAACGCCGCCUCCGCCGAGCCGUCCGCACUGCUCGCCCUGCUGCUCGCCUUCUCACGCUCGCCUCGCCUCGCGCUGCUGCUGGCCUCACACCCGCACGCACUGCCUGCGCUCGCUGCGCUGCUCUCCUUGCCGUCUGCCCGCCUGCCUGUGGUGGGUGCGGCCAUGGGGGUGCUGUCUCACGUGGUGGCGUGGGGCGUUGUGGAGCGAGAGGAGGGCGAGGAGGGCGACGAGGAGGGGGAGGUGGUGUUGCAAUGGGAGCAGGCGGGGGGGGAGAUGGGAGGGGAGGUGGAGGGGGUGCGUGUGGCGAUAGGCACAGCGGUGGAGGGGCAUCUGGCCGCCAUCCUGCCGCACAUGCAGCAGUUCAUCGCCAGGCAGGGCGCACUCUAUAGCAAGGGGGGGGGGAGGGCGUUGAAGGCAUCAGCGCUGGCAGCGGUGGGGCGGAUGGCGGGCAUGGUGACACACGCACACCUGGCAGGCCAGCUCGCAGCCGCGCUCACGCCCUUCCUCAGGCAGGCAGCGGACGGCAGGCGGCGAGUGGAGGAGAGCACCACAGCGGCCGUGCUGGCAGUGCUGCAGAGCCUGGCGCCGCUGCUGUCACGGGGUGCAGCAGCCACGUGUGUGCGGCUGUUCGCCCCGCUGCUCACCACCGUGCAGUCCAGGCCGGCUCGCCUGGCCGUCGUGCACACACUCUCUGCACUCGCUGUCGCCCACCCCGCGCAUUCCAUGCGCCUCCUCGCGUCACUAGUGGCGGACCUGUGUGCGUACGACCCGGCGCGCAUUGACGAGUAUGACUACACACGCCGCCUGCACGCCUACACCUCCAUGCACUGCCACCUCCCCACCACUGCUGACACCACCUCCACCGCUCUGCACCGCUCUGCAGCGCAGGAGUGGGUGCUGUUGCUGCGUGAUGUGGCACUGCACAUGGGUGCCACGUCACCAGUGGCGGAGCUGAGGUGUCUGGUGAGGGAGGAUGACGUGGAGGCGGAUUUCUUCCACAAUCUCGUGCAUCUGCAGACGCACCGCCGCGUGCGAGCGCUCUCCAAGUUCGCCGCCCUCUGCCCCACCGCACACUUCUCCCCGGUAUGCCUCUCACUUAUGGCUGAGCACCCAUUCACACCAUCAGUGCGUCAAGCUCUAGGCUCCUCGCACCAACACCCCACUGUGUCCAGCCCCCAGCGAUCUCUCCCUCUCACCACACUGCCCUGCAACCAUUCGUCUCCUUCUCCCCUACCUCUCCCUUCCUCCCCCCACACCUACCAGGAGGUGCUACUGGAGGCGGUGGUACCAGCGCUGCUGAGGCAGCUGGUGGAGGGGCGGCCAGACAGUGAGAGCGGCGUGAUCGACGCCACCAUCGCCGCCCUCACUGCCAUGGCCGCGCGCCUGCCGUGGCCCGCCUUCCACUCCCUGCUCUCCCGCCUGCUCGCCCUGCUGCCACGGCGCAGGGAGACGGGCGAGCAGUGGUGGGAGGAGAGUAAGGGCAGGGGUGGGGGGAAGGGCGGCGAGGAGGUGAGUGCGGCGGGGCAGCGGGCGAUUCUGAGGGCCAUCUGUGAUGUGCUGGAGCAGGUCAAGCACGUGGUGGGGGUGGCGGGAGGGGAGGAGAAGGGUGAGGGUGAGGGUGAGGAAGAGAAGGGUGAUGGGGAGGGUGCGGAUGGGAAGGAGGGUGGAGAAGCAGGCGGGAAGGAGAGGGGCGAGGGGAAGGAGAGUACUGAUAAGGAGAGCGAGGGAGGGAAGGAGGAGAGCAGGCAAGUCACAGCAGCAGAGGCAGAGAAGGAGGAGGCGGGGAAGGAGGAGGGGGGGAGAGAGGAGGGGGGGAAGGAGGAGGCAGGGGCAGCAGUGACGGCACGCAUGCAGCAGGUGUUGUUAAAAGACAUCAUCCCGCAGCUGUCGAAGCACCUCGUGGCAGGCGAGGCGGGGCGCGAGGAGGUGAACUCGCACGUGGCACUGGCUGUGACGCGCACGCUGCUGCUGCUGCCGCCCGAUGCCAUCCGCUCGCACCUCCCCGUGCUGCUGCAGACCGUCGUCAACCCCCUCAAGUCGCGCUCACAAGGGACGAGAGACGCCGCCCGCGCAGCACUCUGCCAGGUGGCGGGCGCGCUGGGUCCGGCCUACCUGGGGUACGUGAUCGGCGUGUUGCGCAGCGCGCUCACACGCGGGUUCGAGCGGCACGUGCUGGGCUUCACACUGCACGCGCUCCUGCUGCACGCUGCCACCACGUACGGCCGCACCAUGCCCGCUGGUGCGCUGGACUACUGCCUGGGCGAGUGCCUGGCGGUGGCGGUGGAGGGGCUGCUGGGGCAGGUGGCGGAGGAGAGGGAGGUGGAGGCGGUGGCAGCGGGCGUGCGGGAGAAGCGGCAGAGCCGGUCGCUGGAGACGGUGCGCAUCGCCGCCUCGCUCGUCAACGUGCGCCGCAGCACGGCUCUGCUGCUCGCCCCCAUCCGUGCUGCCCUGCCCUCAUCGCUGGAUCCACGGGUGAAGCGCCACGUGCAGGAGAUGGUGAGGCAUAUGGCCAUUGGGCUGCUGGCCAAUCAGCACGCGACAGCUGGAGACCUGCUGGUGCUGGUGCAUGCUGUGCUGUGGGAGGGUGUGCGUGUGGAACAGGCGCAUGCGGCAGCGGUGGCUGAGAAGAAGCGUUUGCGUGCUGAGGCGAGGGAGGGGAAGGGCGGAGGGGAAGGGAGGGGGGAGGAAGGAGGGAUGGAGGAGGAGUGGGGAGAGGAGGGUGGGAUGGAAGGGGAAGAAGCGGAGGGCAAGGGGGGAGGGCGGCGAAGGCGGAAGAAGCAGAAGGGGUUGGGGUUUGAGGGGCUAUUGAACGGGCACGUGGUGGCGCUGCUGGGGCUGCAGCUGCUGCUCUCCCUCGCCUCGCACGACCGCCUGCCCGUCUCUGACCCCGCCCUCACGUCACGCCUCGACGCCCUGGUGCACCCGCUGUCCGUCACGCUCUGCUCGCGCCACGACGCCGUGCUCGCCGCCUCCUUCCGCGCGCUCGCCUUCCUCCUCCACCGCCGCCUCCCCUCCGUCGCCACCGUUGCCCCCCGCGUCGCCACGUCAGCGUUCAAGGUGGUGCAGCAGGCGGGGCGGGCGGCGGCGGUGGCGGGCGGCAUGGUGCACUCGUGCCUGAAGCUGCUAGCGGUUCUCCUAGACCGAUGCCCCGAGGUGAAGGUGGGCGAGGAGCAGGUACGAGCGCUGCUGGGCAGUGCAGUAUUCACAGACCUCGAGCUGCCCUCCACUCGCACCACCGCCUUUGCUGUCCUGCGCGCUUUGCUGCGGCGGCGCGUGGUGGUACCAGAGGUGUAUGACGCCAUGGGGCGAGUGCAGCUGCUGCUGCUGCGCUCCCACACGCCCUCCGUGCGUCAGCUGAGCGCUGCCCUCCUGCUCGCCUUCCUGCUGGACUACCCGCUGGGCCCAGCACGACUGGAGGCACAUGUGAGCUUCCUGAUAGUGAACCUCCAGUAUGAGCAUCAGAGCGGGCGACAGGCCGUGCUGGGCAUGCUGCGAGCCAUCAUCGAGGGAUUCCCCUCCGUGCUUGUAGAGGCGCAUGCAGAUACCUUCUUCCUGCCGCUUGUCACGCGCCUCGUCAGCGAUGAGUCAGCGCACGUGCGGCAGCUGGUGGCGCCGGUGCUCAAGGCGCUGUUCGUGCGAGUGAAGGCGCCCACGUGUGCUCGUCUGCUGCGCUUCGCGUCUGCCUGGCUGGUGGACCCGUCCCCCCAGCUGCAGCAGGCGGCAGCGCUGGUGCUGGGGGUGGCUGUGGAGGCGGUGGGGGUGGGCGGCGAGCAGGGCGGCAUGGUGGGCACGUGGAUGGGCGCUGCUGCACGGAUUGUGCAGCGGGCGCAGGGAGGGGAGGAGGGGGGAGUGGAGGGGUGGAAGGGCGUGUAUGCGUGUGUGGUACUGGCUGAGAAGGUGCUGCAGCGGGAGGGCGGGCAGGCGCACAGCAGCAGCAUGCGAGGGCUGUGGCGACAGCUGCCAGCGCUGCUGCUGCACCGGCACCUCUGGGUGCGCGCUGCUGCCUGCCGCCUCCUGGGGGCCUACCUCUCCCUCGCCACUGCUGCUGCUGCAUCCGCCGCUGCUGCUGGCGGUGGCGGUGGUGGGAGCAAGGGGGUAUGUGGGGCGGAGGAAGAGGGGCUGAAGGCGGUGGUGAGGCAGCUGGUGGAGAGGGGCGAGCAGGACGAGGGGGAGGGCGAGGAGGCGCAGGAGGAGGGCGAGGGGCGGGGGGCAGGGGUGCAGGUGUGGCAGGUGCUGCUGCAGCCGUCGUACUUGGUGGUGGUGGUGGGGGUGCUGUGCCGUGUGCUGGAGAGCAACAGCAGUGACGAGCGCCUGGCACAGCACACCGUGAAGAACCUCGUUGCCCUCGCCCCCCUCCUGCCCCUCCUUCCCUGCCGUGCUGCUGAUGGCGCUGCUGCUGGUGGCGGUGGGAAAGGUGGGAUGAAGGGGGGAAGAGAGGGGGGAUCUGGGUUGGUGGUGGAGUUAGAUGGGUCAACAGGUGCGGGCGAUGGGACCAUCAUAUUGGGUGAACCAGUAAGGGGGGACAGUGAGGGUGGCGCAGAGGGCAGUGGGGAGGCACGGGAUGGGGUUGAGGCAGAGGAGAGGCAGCAGAGCGAUGGGGAGGAGGGCGGUGCAGAGGAGCAGGUGGAUGGGGAGGGGCAGGCCAAUGGGGGCGACGUGACAUCAAGGGAGGGGGGAAGUAAGGAGUCUGCUCGGCACAUAGCGCUGGGAGCGGUGAUGAAGGCGGUGGCACGGGUGGCAUACCGAGUGAAGCCCAUUCAGACGGCAGCAGCGCUGCGGUGUGUGGCAGCACUGGCGACAGCGCUGGGAGGGGAGGGGGUGCGGCCAUACCUGCCAGACAUCAUGCUGCCGCUCUUCCGCCUCUCACAGGGCUCUGCAGGCGCCGUUGUCCCACGUGAGCUUCCCUCCACACCUCUGCACCCACCCCUUUGCAACCCUCUGGGUGCUUGUUUCAUGCCAUGA